AUGAUGGGUGCUAAUGUCCUCCCUCUACCAGCGCAUUUGACUUCGCGGUCGGCCUCCAGCAACCUCACCCCGCACUCGGAGUUCACAGGACCCCCGUCGCUAGGAGUAUCAAUUUCCAAUCUCAUCGCACGGUCGGCUCGUCGCCAUACGGUGUGUAUCGAAAAUCAGAUCCCUAAACGGAGUCAUCGGGACUCAAUCCUCAAAAAGCUGGCGGGUCCACGUGAAAACGCAAAGCGAUUCCUUCGCUUGCGGUCGUCUGGAAUUCAAGCGUCUUCGCAACGUCCUACCCGUGGUGUACGACCAGUUUCGGAGAUUAUAUUGUCGCCGAUAUCGGUCGACUUGGAGGACGAGAUGCGAUCGGAUUCGUCAUCUACCGAGGUGCUGCCUCGCCCAGUACAUGAACACCACACUGUGACUACCGAUUCUACCCUUCCAUUUACUCCCUUGCGAAAUGAGAAGAUUGUAGCCACCGGGAGUGGCAUUUCCGUUGGUAUUGCCCUCACGGAGCCCGUUCUUUACUUGCAGGGUUAUGAUCAACAAGACCCAAGCAGUAAAAAGUCUGCAAUCCUACGGGGACAGAUGCAUUUGAAGGUUACCAAAUGUGUUAAGAUCAAGAAGAUCUCGGUCUGCUUUCGCGGCCAUGCUCAGACGGAUUGGCCAGAUGGUAUUCCGCCUAAGAAGAUCCACUUCCAUGACAAGAAGGAUCUCUUCACGCAUGGUGUGGUGUAUUUCAACCAUGGUGACACCGCCCUCAUGCAGAAUGACUAUGGUGCGCAUUACUAUCAGCAUGCCAAACCGAUAUCAUCCGUACCGGGCAAGGAGGGGGUGACGAUGACAACUCGAGAACUAUUUUCCAAUCGCAAUUCUACCGCCACACUCGCCCUACCAACCCCUCGAGAAGUCAAACGUCUUUCUCUACAAGCCAACCGUGGGCAUUCACGCAGCUUCAGCAAGAACGAACCCCCGAUUUCCCAACCCCAGCCACAGCGAAAUUACCGCAUGUUUCCCGUAGGCGAUUAUUUAUACAGCUUCGAGUUCCCAAUCGAUGGAUCAUUACCGGAGACAAUCAAAACGGAUCUGGGCUAUGUGAAAUACGACCUGGAGGCAAUGGUGGAACGAUCAGGCGCAUUCCGACCCAAUCUUCUCGGCGGCAUGGAAGGUUCAUUGGAGCAGGUCGAGCCGAUUGCAAUUUCACGGAACUGGGAAGACCAGCUCCACUACGACAUCGUCAUCUCGGGGAAGUCAUUCCCGCUGGGCUCGCAGAUCCCGAUUGCGUUCAAGUUGACCCCACUAGCGAAAGUAGAGUGUCACCGAAUCAAAGUCUUCGUGACGGAGAAUAUCCAACACUGGACCGCAGACAAGAGCGUGCACCGGUUGCAACCAGCGAAGAAAGUUUUGCUUUUCGAAAAACGAGCAGACUCGGCCAGUGUGAGCACUUAUCCCGGCAGCUCCAUGCGUGUCACCGCAGGCGGUGGCAUCGAUUGGGACCACCGCGCUGCCGCCGCAAGAGGCCAGGAGAUUGUGGAUCGGAGUCGGACAAAUCUUCUAGGCAAUCUAUCUAAUGAUUCCGGUGUCGGUCCAACUGAGAUGGAAUUCAAUGUGCAGCUGCCAAGUUGCCACGAAAUGAAGGGACGCGACGAGGGUCAACGGCUGCAUUUCGAUACCACAUACGAGAACAUUCAGAUCAACCACUGGAUCAAAAUUGUCCUCCGUCUAUCGAAAGUCGACGAAAGGGACCCCACAAAGCGAAGACACUUCGAAAUCUCCAUAGACUCGCCAUUCCACAUCCUCUCCUGCAAGGCCACCCAGGCCAACAUCUACCUACCAGCCUACACAACCCCAGCUGAAGAACCCGUCCCGCAAGCCCAAGAAUUUGCAUGCGGAUGCCCCGGCGCACCCCUUGCACCCCGAGAGCAAGCCAUUGCCCCAACCACAUCGGAUCGUGAAGAUAGCGGCCCCGCACUAGGCAUCAUCGCCCGCCGAGGCUCAACGGGCCACAGCUUCUCUCGCAGUUUCACCAACGACUCCGGCGGCCUCGCCCGGCCUCCACAAGCACACCUCGCAUCGCCACCAAACGACUGCAAUACACCUAUUCCGCCUCGCCCAAUGCAUCUGCUCCGUGCGCCAUCAUAUGCGCCCCCUGCUUUCGAGGACGUCCCUCCGGCGCCGCCGCUUGUCACCCCUCCUCCAGAAUACGAUACCAUCGUCGGAAACGACCGAGAGGCCGUUCUUGAGGAUUAUUUCUCCCGUUUAUCGUUCUACGAAGAAAACGAAGACGAUGAACGCGGUCGUGGCCGCGUCGAUGUACCCCUCACGCCGGGUGGACGUGUCAACCGCAGUAUGGACGUGCCUCGCGAAUGGGUGCGACUCGAAGACUAUUUCCAGUAA